AGUGGCCGCUGUGGGUAAACGGCAAGUAGUGGGCUGAGUGACGGCAGCGCUGUCUGUACAGGAAUGACUUAAAGCCGUUUCUCCCCGGUCGGUAUAGCAGCAGCCACGGCUGCCAUGCCACACCAUAAUGUGGCUAAUGGCUGUAAGCUGGUCGCUGUGUUUGCUCCUCGGCUGGGCUUCAAAGCGCGAGGAGCAGCCAGCGCAGAGCUCCGCUGAGCCUGAGGAGUUGGUAAUCGUGAUUCAGAGUCAGAAGAACUCCUUCCAUGCCCGACGCGGCCAACAAAGGAAGGAAGAGAUUCUGCAGGAGGCAGCUAAUCUUGGGCAGGGGCUUCCGGUGGUUCUCCUCCUCCAUGAGCUGUCAUAUUAUGAAGGAAGCUGGAGCGUCCUUCCUGUGCUUCCGCUUCUCUCUGCUAUUUACGGGGAUUCUGCAUCCUGGUUUCUAUUCAUUGAAGAGGAAACCACGGUUGUUUUGCCUGUUCUGCUGAAAGUUCUUAAAAGAUAUCCCGUCCAAGAGGAAUGGUUUUUGGGUCGGGGUCUCCAUGACAACAAGCCCUCGAUCAUUCACCACUACGCAUUUUUUGAAGACCCCUCUUAUUUUGGUUACCCUGACCCGGCGGCAGGAUGGGCUCUAAGUGCUCCGCUGUACCGAAGACUCGCUGAACGGAUUCAGUAUGAGAAUCUGAAGUCGGAUUUUACAAUUGACUUGACCCACGAGAUUGCUCUAUUUAUUUGGGAGGAAGGAAGAGGUCCAGCGCUGACUACAGUUCCAGAGUUUUGUACAGAGACGAGAGACAACUGUGCAACCACAUUUACAACCUACCUACCCAACUGUGGGGAUCCUGUAUCAAAAAACAAUUUAUUUGUUGCUGUGAAAACCUGUGAAAAAUUUCAUUCAGUACGAGUACCAGUGGUGAAGUCCACUUGGGAAAAAGACGCUGCUCAUUUAGAGUACUAUAGCGAUGUGACUGAUGCGUCCAUACCCACUAUAGACCUGGGAGUGCCCAAUACUGAGAGAGGACAUUGUGGGAAGACGUUUGCCAUCAUGAGGCGUUUUCUGAGCCAAGCCGUGCCGAAGGUUGAUUGGCUCCUCAUUGUUGAUGAUGAUACUUUAAUCAGUUUGCCCCGGCUGCGACAUCUGCUGCGAUGCUACGACCCAGAGGAAGCAGUGAGCCUGGGAGAAAGAUACGGGUAUGGCUUGAUGCAGAACGGAUACAGCUACACCACAGGAGGAGGAGGGAUCGUACUAAGCAGGACGGCGGUGUCCAGCCUGCUCUCCAGUGGCUGCAGCUGCUAUAGCGAUGAUGCUCCUGACGACAUGGUCCUGGGGAGGUGCUUCACUUCCAUCGGCGUUCCCAUCACACACAGUCCGCUGUUCCAUCAGGCCCAACCGGAUGACUACUCGGGGACACGGAUUGGCCCUCAGCACUCAAUAUCCUUCCAUAAGCACUGGGGUAUAGAUCCUGUCGCUGUCUACAGAAAAUGGUUCAAGGACUCGCACCUAAGAGAUGAACUGUGAUAAAAUCUUGACCAGAAUAUUUUAAGGAAAAUCUAAUAUUGUGUCUGUCAAAAUGCUGGAAACAGGUGCUGAAACACAGUAAAGCACAUGGAUAAGAGUUGAACUUUUUCACAUUUUAUGACAAAAUAGGGCGUGAUUGUGAAGUGGAAGGAAAAUUAUACAUUGUUUUGUGAUGUUGCCUUCAAGCUCCUUUAUAUGAUACCCAUAUCAGGGUUCGUAUGCUGUCUGGAAAAGUGUGGAAUUGGAUUCUCAGCCGAAUCGAUUUGGUCGGCAAGCUCGGCUCUUCUUCUACUACACUGACUGUAACGCUAACAUCCGCGCAACCCUCUAUUCUCCUGGUCUAUUUCUUCGUCCAUUGCUGGGGACGAUCCCAUAAUCCCAGCAUGCACUUUGCACGCUAAACUGUGAAAAAGGAUGAAACAGCAAACGGGGCUUAGACUGAGCUCUGAACGGACAGUGCAGCGAACGCAUUACUCAGCCCAUUCAGUAUGGACUUUAUGUGUCAGCAUGAGGAAUCUCUUGCGUGUGCUUGUGAAGUCAGGAAAACGUGUGUGUGUGUGUGUGUGUGUGUGCGCUAACUGAGUGGGGCUUUAGAGCUCUGUGCAUAUUUUAAUCUCAGUAUAAAUUCAGAUGUUCUAUGAAGGACCCCAGAGGAUUUAUAGAGCACCUGGACGGCCAAACAGCUCUAUGAAGACCAAGGGACACUGCAGACAUGAUUAAACUUGCGGAGAAGUUUAAAGCAGGGUUAGUUUAUAAAUCAAUAUUCCAAACAUUGAAUAUCUCACGUAGCACUCUUCAGUCCAUCCAACCAAUCCAAAAGGGAAGGAGUAUGACACAAUAGAAGGAAAACUGAAGAUUUUACGGAUGAAGAUUAGGCAAGGAAGCAAGCAAGAAUCCCCUGAUAACUUUGUACCAUUCCCAGCACUGACAGCAGCAUGCUGGUGGCAUACUUUUCUUCAAAAGGUCUGGUUAUAGGAUAGCUGAUUAGACCUGAUCAGAAGACGGAUGUAGGGAACAGGACGAUGCUAAAAGAAAGGAUUUGCAGCUGUAACUGCAGUGAAAUGCAAUUCUUCAGAGUACAUACUAAGGGUGGGCUGAAUAUAACUGCUUGUCACACUUGAUUAGAUUUUUAUCGAUCAAACUGUUUUGGAAAACCGCAUAAAGUUUACCUUACACUUCACAAUUAUGCAUUACUUUUUGUUGGUCUGCCACCUUAUAUACUUCCGAACAAAACACGUUAAACGUUGAGUUUACAAACUGACAAAAUGUGAAAAAUUCAAUACCUGUGCAAGGCACUGUAAAAAUAGAAUAUUAAUGUUGUAAAGGUUAAAGCAUUAUUGCCUAUGUCUACCAGAAUUUUAAUUUAAAUGUUUAAUGCAAGAACAUUUUGAAAGAAAAACCCAUUGUUCAUGGCAUUUAGUUUCUUGUUGCUAAUUAGCUAGGCUUACACAUUAGCUUUAUGGUUGGGUCAAAUCACACAAUGCUAACCUUUUGCACAUUCAACACAUUGUCUGUAAUUAUAAAAAAUACCCAAAAUGAGGCUGGCUGUGUAUGUGGCAACCUAACUGGCCAAAUAUCCUUUAAAGGUUCUGUACAUUAUCAGUAUUGUGAUAUCAAAGGGUUGGUUUUACAUAAGUUACUCAAAAGUCUUUCUUAAUGUUUUGUUAUUGUAAUAAAACUCCCUGUGUUAACUGUUUGUCUAAAGCUAUUUGAGCAGAUAACAUGAUAUAUUUUCUGAGUCUGAUUACCAAAGACAUACAGUUAUUAGUUGCAUUUGUGAGGAUUCAUUUUUUAUUGAACAGCUACAGUGCUGUCAGACAAUGUGAUAUGUUAAUAAAUCUAAUACCGGAGUGUUUUAUUUUCUUAA